CCCCUAUUCGAAACGAUAGGGUGCGUGAACUAGGGUUUUGGUUUUGUGGCAGUGGUUGUUCAUCGGAGAGACACUGGCGAUGCUCCUAUUCUCAAGCAUUCUAAAUUCAAGUAUUAGUUUGGGAGGGAACUUGACAAUGGUGGAUCUUCCUGGUAUAACUAGGGUUCCUGUUCAUGGCCAGCCUGAAAAUAUCUAUGAUCAGAUCAAGGAUAUUAUCAUGGAGUAUAUUAGGCCUGAAGAGAGAAUUAUUCUGAAUGUUCUUUCUUCUACCGUUGAUUUUACUACUUGUGAAUCCAUAAGAAUGUCUCAGUCUGUGGAUAAAACUGGUUUGAGAACCUUGGCUGUUGUAACAAAGGCUGAUAAGUCUCCUGAAGGCUUGUUGGAGAAGGUAACUGCUGAUGAUGUUAACAUUGGUCUUGGUUAUGUCUGUGUCAGGAACAGGAUUGGCGAUGAAUCUUAUGAAGAGGCGAGGAUUGAAGAAGAGAGGCUUUUUGAGUCUCAUCCAAUGCUUUCAAAGAUUGACAAAUCCAUUGUUGGUGUUCCUGUUCUGGCACAGAGGCUAGUUCAAGUUCAAGGCAUGAUCAUAUCCAAAACUUUGUCCGAAAUUGUGAAGAAAAUCACUGAGAAGCUGACUUACAAGCUGACUUAAUUUCACCAAGAUGCU